GAAGAAUAAACAACAACAUUGCGCAGUCAGCUGAUGGGAAUGUCAAUUUGAAGAAUCAAGUUUUCAAUUACAUUCGUUAAAUUUCCAAAUAAUGGCCAAUAUUAUUGAGGAAACCAACCCGCAACGUAAUCGUCCUUCCAGUAGUGCAUUCAAACAACAAAAAUUACCUGCUUGGCAACCCAUUUUGACAGCUGGAACUGUCUUGCCUACUUUUUUGCUAAUUGGAAUUACCUUUGUUCCAAUUGGAAUCGGCCUAUUACUUUCUUCAAAUGAAGUUCAAGAAACUGUUCUUGACUAUACACACUGUAAAAAUGAUAAAGGUGAAACCUGUGCUUCCAAGCCUUACAAUGAAACCACAUUAGAUAAACCUUGUGAAUGUAAUAUAAAAUUCAGGCUCCCUAAGAGUUACAAUCGAGACGUGUUUAUUUACUAUGGCCUGACCAAUUAUUACCAAAACCAUCGAAGAUACGUCAAAUCAAGAGAUGAUCGGCAAUUGCUGGGAAUUAAAGAUGCCUUAUCAUCUGAUUGUGAACCAUUCAAAGAAUAUGGUGGUAAACCUAUUGCUCCAUGUGGUGCAAUAGCAAAUUCUCUGUUUAACGAUACUUUUGAGAUGUUCCAUUAUUAUGGGGCAAAAUAUAAUGGAGUACCAGUUAUCGAAACUGGUAUUGCUUGGGCAACCGAUAAGAAUAUUAAAUUCCGCAAUCCUUCUGGUGCAAUCAAUGGUACCGAUGCAUUCAAAGGCUAUACUCAUCCACCCAACUGGCAGAAAAAUGUCUGGGAAUUAGACACGAAAAAUCCUGAUAACAAUGGCUACCUCAAUGAACAUUUAAUAGUCUGGAUGCGCACAGCAGCUCUUCCUACAUUCCGAAAACUUUGGGGUAGAGUCAAUCAUACAAUCGCACCAUAUCAUGAUGGCUUACCUGAAGCAGAUUAUAAAAUUAAAAUAAAGUAUUUUUAUCCUGUUACUUCAUUCAAGGGGACCAAAAGGAUCAUCAUUUCUAACACUUCAUGGCUUGGUGGCAAGAACCCAUUCUUGGGUAUAGCAUACAUUGCUGUUGGCUGUAUUUGUUUGGCUCUAUCUGGAUUCUUUUUCUUCAUCCACCGCAAAUAUGGACGAAGUGUAAACGAUAUAAUUAAUGUUUCUCAAAGAUCUCCUUACUUGAAUUCAUGAGGAUUUUCAUUUACACCAUAUCCAGUAUUUAUGCAGAAGCCGCUUAAUAAGAAUGCACUGGUGCCUCAAAUUACCCAUCAAAUUUAUUAUCAAUUAGUAAAUUUUUAGUAAAUAUUUAAAAAAUUUAAAAUAAAAUGUUAUUGUAGUAAAUCUAGUUAAUCGAUAUCCAGUCUUGGAAUUUCCCGAAAGUGUUUUCCUCGCUGAACAUAACGUACAAAAAGCCGUCGUCAUCCUGAUGCCUGAACCACAGUUCACCGACCAAUGCACUAUAAGAUAAUAAACACAAAAUUAAUUAAAACACA